AUGACGUCCAUCGCAUCCGUCGCCCCUGUCAGCUCCAACGGUGUUCAUGUUGCAACUUCUGGGACUGCGCGAGGUGCGGCUUCGCACACGGACGCAAAGACAGCGAGCACCACCGCUGAUGCACCGUCAGAGGAUGCCGAUGUGCAGCCUUCGGAGGUUGACGCGGCAGUCGAUCACCGAGAGCACGGCGCUGUAGAGGCAUGUUCAUCCCACUCCCACGCCACCCCCGCUUCGCAAGGCCCUUCAUCCGUGCAAGAGGCGCAUACCUUUUCUUCUUCCCUGCCAUCGCCGCUGAACACCACCGCCGCUGCGGUUCGUGUCGCACCCGUCACCGACCAGCCAGCCAUGCAGGACGUCGACUCCUCGACAGACGUGCCCGUCAGUGACGUUGCGAAGUGGAGGGAAAACCGAGAGUACAAGAUGCUCGAGCGCGGCAUGCACAAGCUCCUCUCCGCUAUUGACACCACGCUCUCGGCUGACUGGGCCACGCAAGCCUCCCUGCUUAGUCAGCUUCUGGCGUGUUUAAGGCAGUAUAAAGACGUCAUUGGUGCGGUCGAGCUGCCAGACGGGCUGCACUUUGCGAAGGUACUUGGUCGAACUCUCAGCCCGCUGAGCGUUGUCGGCGUGCAGCGCAAGGCGCUAGAGGUGCUGCAGUGCUAUCUAGAAUUCGCGAAUCCCGUGUAUCCGAUGGCGAAGGACCUGCCCUUUGUGCUGCCGGGGCUGCUGGAACUGCUGCCGCAGGCGUCCAUGCAGGUAAAGGGAGACAUACUGAAGCUCCUUGACUGUGGCGUUGUGCGGCGUCUGCCCGGAUCAGCACUGCGCGCGUGCGUGCAGGGGCUGCUGACGGCUCUUCUCAGCUGCUUGGAGGAGUCCGAGACCAGCUCCAUAUACCGAGGUGCCAUGGCGCUGCUUGAAUAUGUGCAGGCAGCCCUCGCUCGCGACGCACCUGCCCCGUCGUUGUUGUCCUCGAGCCAACGCGACGAGUGGGCGGAGCUGCGGGGUGGCCAGGUGCUAGCAGCGCACAUGUGGGUGUUGAUCCGUGACGCCCCAGCGCUGCGUUCUCCUGCUCUCAACCUCAUGAAGGUCUUCAUAGCACAGAGUGGUAGCCUGGCAUCCGGCUCUGCCUCCGGCCCCGCUGAGGGGGCUGCAGAGAAUGCGGCGGCGGCGUCGGCGACAUCGACUCCAACCUCUGCACUGCCGGACUGGGUUGGUGGGGAUGCUGCGACGAUGGCGUCGGCUCUACUCAACUGCCUGGAGGACACGCAGGAAAAGACACAUCGCUUGGUCCUUGACGUUCUCCUUAUGGUGUGCCCUCUGACAUCGGUGGAUUGCGACUCCGCGAGUUUCGCACACACGCCCCUGACAGCAUUCUCCGGCGGCAAUACGAACAAGCACACAAGUGGCCCUGUGAGCGUAUCACCGCCGCCGCGCUGCUACAGUGGCGCCAUCAUUUCUUUUGAGGUGAAGUCCCUCCUCGUGGCGGCGGCUGUGCAGCUGCUCGGCACGCGGUAUGGGACGCCGAGUGUAGCGCGGCGUAUUUUUCAGUGGCUCACCGUCAGCCCUGGCGUCAGCGGCGGCGCCAACGAGAGACCAGGCACGGAUGACGACUCCUCGUUCGACGCCGAUGGCGGCGAUCACCGUCGCGACGCCCUCAACAGCCGUGCCUCUUCUUCCUGCGUAGCAUACGUGCAGGACAUCACCUCUUGCGUUGUGUCACGGGGGUUCGACAUGGUCGUCGAGCACUGGUGGACCCGCUGGGUUGGAACGGUGGAUGAUGACGCGCCUACUCCGCAGGCGCCGCCGCACGUGUCAGCCGCGCUCUCUGCCCUGGAACACAGUGCUGCCCAGGCGAUCAGAACGGCGACCGCGCCGCGGCUGGCGAGUGCGUCGUCGGUUGCGGCUGCGUUGGGUGCCCGCGAGGCAAACAGCAACUCCAUAGUAUUGCCGGAUGUGCCGGUAGGCAUAUCCGUGCCUUUGGUGUGGGUGCGAGCACUCCUGGUGCUCUUCCGCUAUCGCAGCUGCACCACCCAGGAAGGUGGUGGAGCGCUGCUGAGGAGCCCAGUCGCAGGGGACGCCGCGACUUAUGAAGGCGCCGAGGUGCUCAUUGAAACAGGCUGCGAGCCGUUCCUCGUGUACGCGGCACCUCUUCUCCUUCCUUCGCUGAGCCGCCUUAUCGCUGGGGUGUCCUCGGUUGUCGGUGAUGUGUCGGGCGGCGUCUUGGGGGGCGCUGCGGCGGAGAUCUUGACAGCAGAGCUGCACGAACUCUUGCGUGUGCUGCCGUGGGGCUUGUUUGUGGAGCUCGACACAUGCGCUGUGCAGAAUAUCGAGGAGCUGCUGCGGUCUGUGCUACACCCCCUCUGUGCGUCAGGUGUCGAGGAAGGCGACGAGGCCACUGUCCCCGCAGGUCCUUCCGUAUCUGCGCACCUACAGGCAGUCACGGCUACUCGAGCACAGAAGCGCAUCGCCGCCCAGGUGAACAAUGUGUGCACGACGGCCAAGGCCUUGGAGUCCGUCUUGGUGGUCGCAACAGCAGAGCAGCCGUCUCCGGCGCAGGAGUACGUGCGUGCGUCGCUGCGGUGGUCGGAGAUGGUCGCGCAGCUUCUGAGCGAGGUGCUGAAAGUUCUGGAGGCGGAGAUGUGCGCUGCCGGCGGUGCGAGGGGUGGUGCGACGACGUCGAAUGAGUCUGUAGUCUGUCAAGGCCCUUUGGUUCAGCUGCUGCUGUCCACUGCUAACGGGCUGCUCCGCUUGCUUGCGCAGCGCAUGCAGCAGCUGAUGGAGCCGAUGCUGGACUGCGUCCUUUCCGCGGCGAGCGCGACCGGGACGCCGUCGAUGGUGACCGUCGACUUUUUUUCCACCUUUGUGAGCGCUCUGGACAUGUGCGUGCUUCGACACAUCCGCGGCGCGACCGCCGCCGUGACGGCGGCCGCUUUUCACACACCCAGGAGCGACGCCAGCGGGGGCGGACACGGCAGGGCGGAUGGCGCAGCUGCCACGGCUGCGCUCUUCUGCUUCCCGGAGCAUGCGUCAGAGCUACAGGGGCUGCUGACUCGCAUGCACCGCACCACACUGCGCUUCACGUCCUUUCUUGCCCAGCUGCACCUCCGCUGCCAGCAGCAGGCGCUCUUUGGUGUCCUGCUAGACUCCGCCCCGGAAAACAGCGCCGGGUCACGAGAGCGUGACUUUGCGAAGCAGACCACUGUGUGGCUUGAGCUGCUGUGCGAUGGCGCCACCGUGGCUGCUGCCGCGGGCGCUCAUCUCUUCUUCUCUCGCGCCGUACGGCUGCUCCUGGACGCAUUGCUGCGUGCACGUGGGUGUCUGCUGCCCGGGGUGGUCUACAGCACGCUGGAGCCGGCCUGCCCAACCGCGGGUGGCAUCGCAGAAGGCGUAGUGUUCACCAAUGCUUACUUGCUCGCGCCGGUCAUCCGCUCCCUAUGGGAAGGCUGCGCCGGCGGCGGAGACGAGGCGAGCGGCGCGGUAGACAUGUGCAGGACGUCGCUGCUGGCGCUCAUCGCUGUUUCGCCAGCGUGCUCGCGGUGCCUCGACACGUUCCUAGUUGAGACGCCAACGGACGUCUCCGUGCCCCGCCUUCUCGGCUUGCAACGGGAGCUGGCGGCGCUGCGAGCCCAGCAACGUCGCGGGCGAAGCCGAUCCGGCUCCACUCCACUGCUGGAAACACUGGCUGAACUCCAGGAUCCCGGAGUGCUGUUUCUCGGUCUCUUGACAACCCUUGAGUGCCUCUUGCACGUCCCUAACGGCAUUCUUGCGCACAGUGGCGUGAUCGCAGAGUCGACGCGCCAGCUUGCACGUACGUACGUCAGCCAUGCCAUUGUGCGCGAUCCGGCGAGCAUCUUGCUGCCUCUGCACUUCUCGUUCCUGUGCCCGCUGGUGACGGAGUCGGCGUGUAAGAGUUCCACGAGUGGCGAGUCGAAGCGAAGAGUGAGGGCGGUGGACGCAGUCACUGCUGCUUCAUCCCCGCCGCACAGCACCGGCAGCCCGACUCUGUCAACGGUGCCGCUGACGGUGCUGCUGCCUUCUGUCACGGCAGCACCGACUGCAGAGGUGACAGGCCCUGUACCUCUAGCGAGAUCGAAGUGGUUCAAGGAUGUCAGUGUCGCUACGACGGUCGGCCACGGCGGCGGAGCGCCGCGUGGGUAUCGCUGCGUAGAGGCAGCAGAGCUGGUGCGCUACUUGUUUGCUCUCCUGCAGCUACCCACCGCGGACGAGUGGGUGCGACAGUCGAUGGAUACACCCACCCCGAACUCGCUGCGUGUGCUGCUGCGCGCGAUGGAGGAGCAGUCAUUUGUGCCGUCCAAUGAAGUCGAGGUGACCUCUCCGUCGUUGCUACCAUCGUCGUCAGCGACGGCGCCGGCGUGCGAAGGGGUGACAGACAAUCUUUUUUCCGCCACAGCGCUGCUGCUGCUGAGCCUCGCUCGUCACGCGCUCCUUUCAGUGCACGCUGAGCACAUGCGCCAGCAAGACUCGCUGCGCAGCGGACCGUAUCUACACUCUCCAGGCGCAAGCCGCUCGUCGACGUCGUGGUUUUCAAGGGAGGAGUCGGCAGCCACUCUGCAGCGGCACUACUCCACGUUGCUUGACGCCGUAGCGUGCUUGAACCGGCUCUUAGAGGUGAGCCAAACCGGCCCUCGUAUGCAGCCGCAGCGAACCGCGGUGAACACGUGGCAAUUCACCGCGGCUCAACUCCUGCCACUGCUUCGGCUUGCCGUGCAGGCGGAUCUGCACGCUGUGCAACCUGUCCUACUCGACCACUUACGUGGCGUCGUGCUCUACCUCGACGACGUGGGUGGCGCAUCGGCUCGACAAAAGUCACUAUCGCACCCGGUCGAUGCGGCUGACGGCGCUGUCGUAUCGCGGCACUGGCUACCACAUGCAUUACGGCAUUCCAGACGUGCCGCAGGCAAGGCCAGUCCGUGCUCCGCCGACCCGGGUGCACAGAAGAGUCACGGCACACUAGCGACUGCGGAGGCGGCAGCGCCCGCGUCUUCCGCUGCAGUUGAUGCCGUCUCUGCCUUCAGCUUGCUCCCCAGUAGCAGCGGCACCGCAGUCCUUGAUGACCUCCAACGCGCGCCGCCUGCCAUUCUGUCGAACAAGUCGCUGUACGCCAUCAUGGGCGAAGUUGUGGAGCGGGUGCUGAGUCGUUGUGAUGCAGCAGCGAGUCCCGCCAGUGAGGGUGACGCUGCUCACGCCGCCGCCGCCGUCUUGCGGUCUCGACGGGAGGAGGAGGACACGUUGGCGUUGUGGCUGCGCUUUUACAGCGACAUCAUGCCAUACCUCUAUCGAGACCUCGUGCCAUCUGCGGAGAUGGCGGUCGAUGUACUUCUCUGUGCGCUCGAGUCCUCCUCCGUCCCCCGCGCUGGGGACGGUGCGACGCUGCCUGUGCACUCUUUUAGCAGCGGCGCAUCUGCGCAGUCUAUUUGCUAUGCGACACUCGUCGAAGUUGCACAGUUCCUGUACAACCUGGCACGCGUCGCCGAUGACGAGAAUUACGUGUUGGCCAUGCGAAAAAAGGAGUCGAUGAGCUGGAUCGCGAGCACAUUCACGCAGGAGGAUCCCGUGGCACAGGCAAAGAGGGCGACGCUGUGGGACCGCUCCCCGGUGCUCUCCCCAAUACGUGGUGCGCUGCCCCGGCUCGUCGCUGUGGCGACCCGCUGCGUGCGUGCCUGUGACGCCGCCGCCUCCGAAGCUGGCAAGAUAAAGCAGGGUGCUGUGUAUGCUAUGUGGGCUGCCGACACAGACACAGACAAGACGCUUGACUGGGGGGCGGCGACGGCGGCUACAGCAGAGCUACUGCCGUCGACUGGGCCGGAGACACACCUGCGUGAGCAAGCCAGCCGCUUGCUCUGCUUGCUGAACCACGCUGCUGGCCCGGGGUUUCUGACGGCUUUUCUGCACGACUGGUGUGACCAGUACGCCUUGAGCUCCACUUGGUGGCUGUUCGAGGACAAGCAGCAGCGCGAACGUCGCAUGAGCCUUGAAGCGGUGCGCCACAUCGAAACGGGGCGCGCGUCUGAUGUGGUGGCGCCAAGGAAGAGCGGCGGCGGCACGGGUGUCAUCGGGAGCGACGAGGACGAGCGGGUAGCUGCGUGGAGAAUGAAGCGCGAGGCGCAGACGGCCGCUUGUCUGCUGCUGGUGGACGUCGAAGCAUCCAUCAGUGAGGUGGCGGCCGUACUUACGCCGCUGCUGCGAACCGCCAUUAAGGAGGAACCGCACGCAGAGUCAGUUCAGCCUGAGCAAGCUCCUGCUUUCACGGGCAAGGGCGUCAGCGGCGCUGCGGCGUCAGCGCUGGCGCCUCUCACACCGCGGCCCUCGUCGGCGGCAGAGAUGCUGUUUUUCCUGGAUCAAGUGGUAGAGGGCCACUGCGCAGAGCGGCAGGGCGGGCUUUCGGAUAAAGACGCAGAGGCGGUGCUGACGGUUCUGGCGGAUGUCGUCUCGCAGUGCUCGCCUGACACGCUUGCCUUCUGCUGCCUAUUCCACUUGCUGUACUGCGUUGUGGCGUACGCCAAGGACGAAGGGACCGAGGGGCAGGCCGGGGUGGAGGUGAGGAAGACACGCCACCUCGGAGGCGGAGGCGGAAGACGGCGACAUCCCAGAGCAUCCGGCACCACCACUGCGACGCCGGCCACUGUGUCUGGCGUGUACCGCAAUGGCAAUUUCGCCUUUGCGCUGUGCCGCUUGUUGGAGGGCUUCCGUGUUCGACCCGCCAGUGCACGGUGCAGCAGCUCCCUGCUCUCCCUGCAGCUCCUCUGCCAGACACUGCGUUCGGUUUUGUCAUCGUCGCUCGCCAUGGUCGACAACGCUGGCCGCGUGGUGGAUGCGGCCACACAUGUGCUGCAGCGAGCCCUCCUCCCCGUGUUGCGCCACGGCAUCGCCUCCACCUCGGAGGCGGAGAUUGUGCUCUGUGCGCCGCUGGUGUGCGCGUCCCUGCGUGUCUUGCGCGCACUUAUUGCCGGCUUCGCUCCCGACCUCACGUUCGAGCGUCGCGCGCAGCGCGACACAGUGUCGCUGCUGCUCUCCGAGCACUUCUUCCGCUACAGUCGCAGCUCUCUGCACGAGUGGGCGCUGCUGCUCCGUCAGUGGGGCAGUUUAGAUCAGGGUAUCCACAGCCUCAUAUGUGAGCGCAUGGUGCCGUCGCCAGGGCGGUUGUCGGCGAUGAUGAUGUCGCGCGAGACGGAGGCACUGCUGUGGGAGCGGUCUCUACGGACGUUGGGUUUCUACACGUACGCCAUGCAUAUCAGCGAGCCACCACCGGUCACGGUUGGCGCUGUGGGGACCCCAGGUGGCCGUGCUGAUGCAUCAGCUGCCACAUCAAGCGUGCCGUUGGCGCGCCACCCGGAGUUUGUGCGUCUUCUCCGUGAGCAGCUCACGCACGCCUUUCAGCACUUUUCAUCUUCCGCCAUCCCGACCGUCGCCCAGCUGCGGCAGAAGGAGGUGUUUCUGCAGCCUGUGCGCGCCGCCCUGUUCGUGUUCCGCGUUGUCCUGCUCUGCAAUCUGCGGGAGUCCCUCGUGGCGUCGCUGUGGCCGAUUGUUCUGCCCGAGCUGUUCCGCGUUCUUUCGAUUCAGCUCACCGAGAAGGGCCCCAACACCGGCAAAGACGCCGGAUCGCUGUCUCAGCCGUCCCCUGCCGACGUUGGUGUGCUGCGCGAGAUUGCGGCAACGCAGAUGGAGGCGCUGAAGGUAUUGGACAUCGAUUACACGUUGUACCCCGCCCACGCACUCGCUUUCCGCUGGCUGUUCACGGACGACGCGGCGCUGGAGAGCCUCGCAGCGAUCCAGGCGAGAGAGACUGCAUGGCUGCCAGGCGGCUUGCCGAGCACGGACGCUGUCACCCGCCAGCCGGCGGUGAGUCAUCUGGAGAUGCUGCGCCUCCUGCAGACGUCGCCGCAGACCGUGGCGGAGCACCUCGACGCCACCACCGUCGUGAACGCCGUGCACGAGCCCCGCGUAGCAGCAGCCGCAUCACACUGCGACUUCUGCUUGGCUGCCCCCCUAUCCUCUAUCCUCCGCACAUGGCCCACGGCUCCGCGCCCGUCUGCCGCGGACACGGGACUGCGACGUCCCUUGUACAACAUCCCAUCCAUACGUUAUCAGCGCCUUGAUGGCGUUUACCGCGCCGCCCAGGCGUUCACAUUGCUCCUGCAGCGAAUGAACAUGCACCCUCCACACACAUCGGAGGUGACACAAUCGAGGCAGCAAAACGCAGCGACUUUCGCGAGCUUGUGCGUCGCCGUGAGUGCGGCCGUCGGCACGCACAACAACGUGGACAUGGCGUACAUGUACGACUUGCUGGAGGCUGAUAUGACCAGCACCGACCCAGACACGAUGCUGUAG